UAGGAUUUGGGGUGCUGAGCAAUGCCAGGCAGAUGAGUCAGUUGCUGACCUCUAUGACUGUCCUUUCUCCAGACCCCACUCUGUGGGCCCUGCUUCUGUGUGCCCACACCAUCCCUGUCCUGGCCCAAGCCACCUCAACACCUCUGACCACCACAGCUGCCUCGGCCUUGCCCGUGCUUCAGACAGCUCAGGGGUGCCCAGCCUUGGAGGUGACCUGGCCGGAGACGGAAGUGCCACUGAAUGGAUCGCUGACCUUGUCCUGUACGGCCUGCAGCCGCUUUCCCCACUUCAGCAUCCUCUACUGGCUGGGCAACGGUUCCUUUAUUGAGCACCUCCCAGGCCCGAUGAGCGAGGGCCACACCAGCCGCCAGCGCCAGCCCCGGGGCGCGAGCACUCGGCUGCAGAAGGACUUGGUGCUGGAGGAGCUGAGCCCUACCCUGCGAAGCACCAAUUUCUCCUGUGUCUUUGUGGACCCCGGACGGGUCGCCCAGCGCCACAUCGUCCUGGCUCAGCUCUGGACCAGGCGGAGGACAGUGCCAGCUGCGUCUCAAGGGCCCCGGCUGCCCACAUCAGCAACAGCGCAGCCUUGA